CCCAAAUUCAACCCAUCCCUUUCCAUCCAAAAUAAAAAUAAAAAACUCAGCCCUACCCCUCUUUCAGCCUCUCUUCUCUUCUUCCAUUUUCUAGGGUUUCCAAGUUUGAAAAAAAAAAUCCCAUUUUCCCGAGAAACAAACAGAGAACAAAGGGACAAAGUAAGGAAAAAAAACCGGUACAACCACCACUACAUGGCGGCUCCAGCUCCGCCAGGCCCGCCUCACCACCACCACAGAGGCGAGUCGAAUCGAGCCGCGAAGCCCCAGCUGGACCCGUCGCUGAGCAUGACGACAUCGUUCCGGAUUUUGUGCCACGACAUGAAGGCCGAAGGGGUGAUCGGGAAGUCCAGGAGCAUCAUCAAGUCGAUUCGGCAGCACAUCGACGCGUGGAUCAACGUGCACGAGCUGAUCCCCAGGGAUGAGGAGCGAAUCACCGAGAUCUCUGACACGCACCGGCGCAUGGAUUACUAUGAGAAGGGUUUUGGUGUAGAAUGGGGAGAGGAGUGUAGAGAUUUUUGGGUGGGAGGUUGAGUCUAGCAGUAUACUUUCACUUUCACUUCUAUUUCUUGGGGAGUGUUUGAUUGCUGAGAAAAUUGGAGUUUGAG